AUGGAUACUAACAAAAUAGAAUUAACAGAACAACAAUUUAUAACUAUAUUUGAUGAAUUAUUCAAAAGUUUUAUUAACAAAUUGAAUAUUCAUUUACCUUCAACUUCUUCGAAAGAAGUAGAUAUUUUCAAAUUUAAAGUAUAUCAAAAUUUACAAAAGUAUAUAUUUGAUUUGUUUGAAGAAUUAAAAAAGUGUAUUAGUAUACAAGGGAAAGAUAUUGAUGAAAUAUUAAUAUCUGAGUUAUUCAAAUUAUAUGAACGAGUUGAAGAAUUUAAUUUGGUCAAAAAUAAAGAAUUACGUGAAUUAUUACAAACUUAUGAAAACGAAAUUAAAGAAUUAACUACUUUACGAAAAAAUUUACCGAACGAAGCUAGAGUUAAAUAUAAACAUAUGAAUGAUGAUAUAAUGAAGAAGAUAAAUGACGAAUUAAAAGAAAUAGAUCAAGAAGAUGAUGAUAAUGAUGAUAAUGAUGAUGAUGAUGAUGAAUUCAGUGAGAUUGAUGAUGUUGAAGUAUAUCUGAAUGAGUUUAAAGAUGAAAGCGAAAGGUUUAAUAAGUAUAAAGACACGAUUAUGCAGACAAAUAAGAAUUUAACUAGUUUGAAAGCUGAUAUGGUGAAAUGUGAAGAACAUUUGGAGAUAUUAGAAUAUUUAAAUAAGAGGUAA